UCAAAUGAAUCUUUUUCCAGCUCACAGGAUGCGUUCUCGGGAGCCAGUGAGGCAAUCAAAAAAAAGCGCCAACAAAUACCUGCCAAUCACUCUCUACGUUAGCUCUAUCAUUGAGCUCCCACCACUUCGGAAUACAAUCGCUCAUGUUUUUUGUCCAACAGGCUAUGCCCUGUGCCUUGAGGCAAAUUCUCAUGACAAGACCUACCCCGGCACAAAUUAGUAGCGGCCUAUAGUGGGAUAUCGACGCGUGGUCCUAUCGAUGUGAGAUUGUGAUAAUUCCAGGACGACUUCCUAGCAGUCCGUGAUAAUCGAAUGUGCAUGGGAACCUGCAUGCGUUAUGAGCGGAUGGAAUAUGUAUUACACUUCCACUGGCAAGUCCAUCAUUCAUCCGCGAUAGUCGAACCGAAUGUACCUGGGUGUGAUGAAAAGAUAACGGUAGAUCCGCACCUACUGGCAGAACCUAUCCAUGGGAAAUAUCUCGGUCUUCGCGUCACGGGAAACCAAUACCCUUUGUCUUGUAUCUCGAAAGGACCGAGCACGCCAAUCAUCGCAAAUUGUGACCACGGCUUCUCAAAGACAUCAUCGGAUUCAACAGAUGCCUCCGGAUUCUAUGGAUUACGGCACAUCUGCACACGAAAACUACGGGAAAACUGGCUAUUCAUUUCUGAAAGUCGACCUCCGCCCUCCGGUGCUCAGGAGCCUGAGCUUGUUCAGCCUGACGGGCAAUCAUGGAAAGCUACACCCUACCGAGAGCAGGCACACUUGUUAAUUGUGCUAAAUUGUGCUGGUAUGCCGCGCCACGGUCGGCUGAUCGCUUUCGCGAUCAUGCCUUUAGAUCGGCACUAUUUGCGAUUUGCGGACCAUCAGUCUCUGAAACUCUGCGAUGCAUCGAUAAGUACUCAUCCGAGUGUGGACUAGUCAUGAUGGCGCCUAGGAGCUGCCUUCGGUUAACUGCAGUUUCGUGGAUGUUUCAAAUAUUCUUUCCAGAAAUUCUGAAUUUUAUCGAUGCGGGGCAAAGCCUGGCAAAGCGAAGCUUUGUUUUACAUCACGUGCACU